GCCGGCUAGUGAGCAAAAUCGAUACCAAGACCCCUGCGCAGCAGGGAUCGGCCGGAGGACGUGCUGGGGGCCUUCUGCAGCAAGGGUUCAUCGAGGAGAUGCCGCAAUCUUGGGCGCGUCGAUCCUAUGGCACCAUGGCGGGCACCGCGCGCAGUCGCCAUCAUUUGCUGGCGGUGGCAUGUCGCGAUGGUCAGCGUGGCUGGCGCAAGAACCGCCGUGCUCGAGGGUUGCUGCGAGAGCAGUGUGACGGGAUGGCGCCACGCAAGAGAAUGCCACCGCCGAUCUGCCUGUGCCAGAUGGGCAUCUUCCCAGGGAUUCCCUUUCUGGAUCUCGUAUGGUGGUGUGGUGCCAGUCCAGGGAGCCGGCAAUAGCUGGGACACCGACACUCUCUGCUUGGCGCUGUCUGCUAGAGUGCCUGAAAGGAGUAAUUCCCAGUCGCCCUCAGGCCCAUCCUGCCGAUGGCUGCAAGACCAGCCGGCAUCUGCACCUCCGCCUACUUGCGACAGUCGUGAUGUGGUGCGUGCCAGGGAAGCGCAAGACAGCCUAUCGCCUCUCGCCCUGAGCGACUGCCGCUGCCUUUGUCGCCCACAAGAGAAGCUCUGUCGCAAUCGGCCUGGCCCAGCACGGAAUCUGUUCGCGUCACCCGACCAGGUUGCGUGA